CUCUGAUGAGCACCCACAGUCAAAGAGUUAGGAACGACAGGAUGGAUCGACGCCAUCUGUCAGCUCAGCGCUGAGUUUAAGAACUCAUUCAAAAUGUCUUCCUACAUAAGUCAAUGUAACCUGAUCAACUACAACCUACCCCUCUUCGUAAUUAAUAAAUUUCCAAAUUCUAGUAGUAGCAUUCCAAAAAUUCUUAAAACUCAUAAAAUCUUUCAAAAUAUAGUUCUUUAAAUGAAAACAACAUAAGAAGUAAUUUGGCAAAUAAUCUCUUGUAAUGCAUCUUUUUUAUCAAUUCAUCUAAAAUUAAUGGAUAAUUUUAAUUAAUUACAUCGUUUUAAAAACUCGAUUUUCCUUGUAAAAAAUGCCUAACAAAAAAACUGGACAAAGAAAAAAGGCGGAAAAGCAAAAGAUUCGCCAAAAAGAUAUAAGAACUGCAAGAGAUAAUUUAGAUUUUGGUAAAUACCCAUGUAAUGUGUCUAUGGAAUGUGAUAAAUGCAAAAGAAAACAGAAGAACAGAGCAUUUUGUUAUUUCUGCGGAAGUGUUCAAAGACUUCCUGUCUGUGCACACUGUGGGAAAGUUAAGUGUUUGCUCAAAACAGGGGAUUGUGUUAUUAAGCAUCCAGGUGUAUUCACAACUGGAAUGGCUAUGGUUGGGGCUAUAUGUGAUUAUUGUGAAGCUUUUGUUUGCCAUGGACGCAAAUGUCUUUCUUCACACGCAUGCACUUGUCCACUUCAGGAAGCAGUUUGUAUAGAAUGUGACCGUGAGGUAUGGGACCAUGGAGGACGAGUAUUCAAGUGUUCAUUUUGUUCAAAUUUUUUAUGUGAAGAUGAUCAGUUUGAACACCAAGCCUCAUGCCAAGUUCUUGAAUCAGAGAACUAUAAAUGUCAGUCUUGCAAUAAAUUAGGCCAAUAUUCAUGUCUUCGCUGCAAGACAUGUUAUUGUGAAGAUCAUAUCAGAAGAAAAGGAUUUAAGUAUGAUAAAAAUAAGGCAAUACCUUGUCCAAAAUGUGGAUAUGAAACAUCUUGUACAAAGGAUUUGAGCAUGUCAAUACGCACGCAUAAAUAUGGAAGACAAGGAAAAUCGAGUGAUGAAUAUGAUGACAGUUCCAAUACAACAAAUGAUGAUUCGUCAUAUUAUGGAGGAAACAAUGAAGAUCAUUAUAUUGAAGAGGAAGAUGAAGAAUACUAUGAAUCAGAAGACCAAGAAGAUACCAGUGAUUGAUUAGAAGCUGAUGAACUGAUUUUAUGAUUAAAUGUAUUUUCAUACAAAAUAAAAUUUCAAGAAAUGUA